AUGGCAGUCGUGGGCAGCAUGCUUGGCCUGGUGCGGCAGCAUGUGGCGAUGGGGGCUCCCUGUGCGGGCCGCUGCCUGCACAUAUCUUCGCGUCGAGCUGACAGCAGCAGAGCUUCGCUCACUCGUGUGCACAGACAGGCCUAUGCACGCUUCUACCCCAUACUCCUGGUCAAGCAGGAUGGCUCCACCAUUCACAUCCGAUACCGGGAGCCCCGGCGAAUUCUGGCGAUGCCUGUGGACCUGGAUGCCCUGUCCCCAGAGGAGAGGCGUGCACGGUUCCGCAAACGUGAGGCCCUGCUCCGAGGGAAGAAGGAGGAGGAGGAGCCAGAGCUCCCUGACAGCUUUGACCUAGAGCGGUACAAGCAGUUUUGGACCAAGAAGUGA